ACCACACAAACAAACACAUUUCACAUUUUCACAUGUUAGAAUUUUCGAAUGGUUAAAACAUUUGAUUUGAUUUGAUUUGUAUCAUAAUGUUGGAUCGUAUUUUGAAUUCUCGUCAAUCUUCAUCAAAAGAAUCCGAAUAUGAAGAUUGUUUUCAAUGUCGUAUGAUUGGUGGUGGUGGUCUUGUCGGUCUUGGUAGCUAUAUUAUCUAUUAUUCAUUUCAACGAAGAAAUAUACCAACAGCAAAUAAAUUAUCCGUUUUUGCUUCAGCAUUUAUUGGAUCCGUUGUGAUGACAUUGGGUACAAUGCGAUUACUUGGUAUUCAUGAAUGGAAAAAUAUUCCAAACAAACAACAAUCAAAACCCGAAUCAUAGAACCAAUAUUAUCAACCGAAGGAAAUACGCAUAUCAAACCAAAAUGUAGUCAUUUUUUUGCCUCCUCAAACCAACAAAAUGU